AAAAGCCCUUUACGAAACUCUCACUAGUCACUACUAUAUCCUAUUCCUCUCUCUCUCUCUCUCUGCUUCAGCUUCGCGUCAAAAGAAAAAAGAAAAAAGAAAAACACAAACCCUCAAGAAACAAAAAGGAGUGUCCUUUUCAUCAGCAAGGUUCACUUAACUUGUCUCAUUCAUAUCUCUCUCAAAAAUCUUUACAUGCCAUAAGUGAGAGAGCUGAGUUAUUAUUAUUUCUGAGAUCUGAAAGGAAAGUUAGGGUUUUUAUUUGGUGUGGAGGGGAGAGAAAUGUGGGAGCUUGGGGAUUAAAAAGGGAGAAGAUCUGAGAAGUUCAUGAAGCUAGCAAGGAGUGUUUUGUUUUGUUGUAGUGGAACUGGAAGUGGUUUUGGAUGAUAGUUGUUUUCAAGUUGAGCAAGUGUAUUCUUGGUUUUACUGUUGGCGGUGGGAGGGUGGGUGGGUGGGGCUUUCUUCUUCGGUUAAAUAAUAAUUGAAAGAUAUUAUUGUUAGUGUUUGGUUUUUGAGGCUAUUAAUUAAAGACUGUAUUUUGUUUUCCGGGUUCAUUUUUUUUUUAUCUGAAGAAUGAGACUUUCUUCUUCCUCAUCUUCUACAACUGGGUUUAAUCAGGUGACUCAAGAAGGGGAUAACAAAUGUUUGAAUUCUGAGCUAUGGCAUGCAUGCGCGGGGCCUCUUGUGUCUCUGCCUCAUGUUGGAAGCCGAGCUGUGUACUUUCCACAGGGUCACAGUGAACAGGUUGCUGCUUCCACCAACAAGGAAGUUGAUGCUCACAUCCCUAAUUACCCAAGCUUACCUGCACAACUAAUCUGCCAGCUUCACAAUGUGACCAUGCAUGCUGAUGUUGAGACAGACGAAGUUUAUGCUCAAAUGACCUUGCAGCCCUUAAGUCCGGAAGAUAAAAAAGAUGCUUACCUAUUGCCAGCAGAGCUAGGUACUGCCAGCAAACAACCGUCUAACUAUUUCUGUAAGACAUUGACUGCAAGUGAUACUAGCACUCAUGGAGGAUUUUCUGUUCCUCGAAGAGCAGCUGAAAAAGUCUUUCCUCCUCUUGAUUUCUCCCAGACACCUCCAGCUCAGGAACUAAUAGCGAGAGAUCUUCAUGAUAAUGAGUGGAAAUUCAGACAUAUAUUUCGGGGACAACCCAAGAGGCAUCUUCUUACAACAGGAUGGAGUGUGUUUGUUAGUGCAAAGAGGCUUGUUGCUGGUGAUUCUGUCCUUUUCAUUUGGAAUGAGAAGAAUCAAUUACUCUUGGGCAUUCGGCGAGCUAAUCGUCCACAAACUGUUAUGCCUUCAUCAGUUUUAUCAAGUGAUAGCAUGCACAUAGGUCUUCUUGCUGCUGCAGCGCAUGCUGCAGCCACUAAUAGCCGUUUUACAAUAUUUUAUAAUCCCAGGACUAGUCCUUCGGAAUUUGUCAUUCCCCUGGUCAAGUAUAUUAAAGCAGUAUACCAUACAAGGGUUUCGGUGGGCAUGAGAUUUAGGAUGCUAUUUGAAACAGAAGAGUCAAGUGUCCGCCGGUACAUGGGUACUAUAACUGGUAUUAGUGAUUUAGAUCCUGCUCGGUGGCCAAAUUCACAUUGGCGCUCUGUCAAGGUUGGCUGGGAUGAAUCCACUGCAGGGGAGAGGCAGCCAAGAGUGUCUUUGUGGGAGAUUGAGCCGUUAACUACAUUCCCAAUGUAUCCAUCUGCCUUCCCUAUGAGACUGAAAAGGCCAUGGCCAUCUGGGCUACCGUCUUUCCAUGCAGGUCUGAAAGAUGAUGAUUUGAGCAUUAAUUCACCAAUGAUGUGGCUUCAAGGAGGGGUUGGAGAUCUGGGAGUUCAUUCUCUGAACUUCCAGAACUUUGGUGCAGCUCCCUGGAUCCAGCCAAGGUUUGAAGCUUCUAUGCCAGCUCUACAACCUGAUGUGUACCAAACAAUGGCAGCUGCUGCACUUCAAGAAAUGCGAACAGUGGAAUCUUCCAAACUAGCAUCUCAAUCUCUUUUGCAGUUCCAGCAAUCUCAAAAUUUAUCUACUGGGCCUGCUGCUUUGGUUCAGAGGCAGAUGUUGCAGCAGUCAAAUCUUCAGAACGCUUUUCUUCAGAACUUUCAAGAAAACCAGGCUUCAACACAGACCCAGCUACUGCAACAACAGCUGCAGCAGCACAUUCAGUAUACUGAUCAGCAGCAGCAGCAGCAGCAACGGCAUCAACCCCAGCAUCAGCAUCAGCAUCAGCAUCAGCAAGUUCAACAGCCUAAACAACUGAAUGAAUUGUCUGCUCAGCAGCAGAUCCCAAAUGUAAUUUCAGCUCUGCCUCAUCUUACAUCAGUUGCACCAUCCCACUCUCCAUCUUUGCAGGCGAUUCCUUCCCAGUGCCAGCAGCAGGCCUUUUCAGAACCACUUGGGAACCUGAUUGCUGCAUCCGGAGUUUCUUCAGUCCCCAGUAUCAUGGGUUCAUUACCCCAGGAUAGGGGUCACUUGCUUAACUCAAAUGGAUCCAAUCCUGUCAGCUCUUCUGCCUUGUUAUCAAAGCAAGCAGCAUUUGGUCCUCAACUUUCUUCUGGAGCUGCUCCUGGUGUGCUACCCCAGGUGGAACAGUCGGGAACUACACAAUCAGCUGUGUCCGAUCUUGCUACCUUGCUAGCUCCAUUCUCUGGAAGAGAGUACUCUACCUAUCAAGGUGCUAAUGAUCCGCAAAACAAUCUGCUGUUUGGAGUUAACAUUGACUCUUCUACAUUCAUGCUUCAGCAUGGUAUACCAAACCUGAGAAACAUUGGCACUGAAAAUGAUCCGUUGUCUAUGCCAUUUACUGCUUCAACUUUUACAAGUGCUACUGGAAGUGAUAUUCCACUUACUUCAGACAUGACAGCUUCAAGUUGCGUAGAUGAAUCAGGUUUCUUACAAUCCUCUGAAAAUGUGGAUCAAGUAAACCCUUCAACAAGAACCUUUGUGAAGGUUCACAAAUCAGGGUCCUAUGGGCGAUCACUAGAUAUUUCCAAGUUCAGCAGCUAUGAUGAGCUGCGCAGUGAGCUUGCUCGUUUGUUUUGCCUAGAAGGCCAAUUAGAGGACCGACAGAGAUCAGGCUGGCAGCUUGUAUUUGUUGACCGGGAGAAUGAUGUGCUUCUCCUUGGUGAUGAUCCUUGGCAGGAAUUUGUGAACAAUGUCUGGUAUAUCAAGAUCCUAUCUCCCCUUGAAGUGCAACAAAUGGGUAAAGAAGGUCUCACUUCUGCAGCUUCUGUGCCAAGCCAAAAGCUUUCUAAUAGCACCAGCGACGGCUACAUGAAUAGACAGGAGUUUAGAAACUCAAGCAAUCCCGAUGGCUACUUGAAUAGACAGGAUUUUAGAAACUCGAGCAAUGGGAUUGCAUCCAUGGGGUCUCUUGACUACCAAGGCAGAUGCUCGUAAAACCAGAAAUCAAAUGAAAAUUAAUUGUGAUGUGAGUAACUAUUUUAUGGUGACUGUUAUACAUCCACUGAGCAGUAAUGCUCUUACUUUUUUCCGGUGGGUAAAGUGUCGUGCAUGGUCAAGUUUAUCCUGCAUAUUACUGUAAAUUGUAAUUUAAUAUAGGAGACAUUCUCUUAUCACUAUACUAUGAACGUCAUGAAAGCGUUAGGAGAAUGGCAGCAUAGUGGUUUGUUUGUUACCCUUCCCGUGACUUGUGAGAUGAUCCUGAUAUUUUAAAAUAUUGAGCUUGGUAAGCAUUUUCAUUUUAUUUUGUGAUUCGUAAA